ACUCCCGCAACCGAGAAAAGUAAACAAACAACGAUGACCGACGGCACGCUAACGCAGGCGACCUUCGCCACCGCGGCGAAACAGUUCCUGGAGCUGUCCAACAAAUACCAGGACAGCUGGGAGCUGGUUCAAUCCCCCACCUGGCCCUCAUACCUACGAAAGUCGGUGCAACAGCAGCUGACGCGACUAACCGGAACGACCGACGUCGACGAUGAUUUCGCAGAAUUCGAAGAAGUUGAACUAGACGAAGAUCCGUCUGCGGCGCAGGUUGACACCGUUACGACGGACCUGUACCGGUUCGAGUACCACGUGGUGUACAGCAUCAGCUACCAGGUGCCGGUGCUGUACUUUAACGUGUUCAAGUCGAACGGAACCCUCGUACGACUAGAGGAAGCGUGGUCCGGCUUUACGGAACUGGCCGGCGAAAGCCGCGAACAGUUGCGGCAGAUGCUCACGCAGAUGGAGCAUCCGGCGCUGUUCAAGCCCUUCCUGGCGCUGCACCCGUGCCAGACGGCCAACGUGCUGCGGACGCUGCCCGACAGUCAGAACGCCAUCGUUUCCUUUCUGUCGAUUUACGGGCCGUACGUGAACCUGGAGCUGGAUCCGCGGUACGGGCUGACUGGGGACCAAAAGAAUGAAUCUGGAGAGAAUGAAUAAAGUUUCCCUAGCACCGA